AUUGACACGAAAACCUGGUGGAAAAUACAAGUCUAUCUUAAUCUAUCUUAAUCUAUUAAAACUGAAUUACAAUUAGAAAUUAACUCUGAAUUCACUAUUUUAAUUACAUCUUGUGCCAUCGACGUUAAGUGUAGUUCUUUACUAAGUAAUUAGGCUUUCACGUUUUUUACCAACCGGGCUUUACCAGCCCAACUCGAAGACCACUAUAAUUAAUCAUUUCUUUGAACCUCAGACCAGGCUACAACUCGGUUGAGUUUACCGCAUGUACUGCAUUUUUUCAUUCCUUUGAUAUUUUAACAUUAUAAAAUACAUUCUGUCACUUAAAACACAAAAGCAUUACCAAACCUAUGUGUAAUUAACAUUAAGUACAUUUAGCAUAAAAAUGCAUAUUAUAAAUGUGACUCGGUUUACAUCCAACUGUGAAAUUUAGUUGCGGUUUAGUGUUAAGUUAUAAAAAUACGAACUUGCAUGGAGUUUUAUUUUAGUAAAGUUCUGACUGGUUUUCCCGCUACGACCCGCAAACGCAGCCGGUUGGUAGCGGUUGACAGCGUUUCGAAACAAUCAUACAAACCGCUACAAAUCGCUCUAAACUGCUACAAAUCGCUCCAAAAAGCUGGUUCCAGUAGCGUUUGCGGUUGCGGGCGGCGGGUGAAAAAAUAAAUAUAAAAUUAUUUUCAAAAAUAUUUUAAAAUUUUGAAAUUAAAAUUUUAAAAUUUUAAAAUUAAAAUUUUAAAAUGGAAAUAUUAUAAAUAAAAAUAUAUGCAUAUUUUAUAAAUUAAUUAAAACUCACAAACAAUAUCAGCUAGUAUAAAACGAAAUAAUUUUUUUUAAAUUUUUUUUUUGAUAUAAAUCUUCAAAGCAAAUUUUAUUAAAAUUAUAGCCUUCAACUAAUUUAAAAUUUUUAUAAAUAAAAAUAAUAUUUUUAUUAAUCAUAUUAUAUUGAUAAUUAUUAUAUUUUAUUACAAUAGUAUGUUUUUUAUAUUUUUAUAAUGUUAUAAUAUGUUAAUAUGAGUAAUUUAUUAUUAAACCAAUGCAAUAUCUUAUAAUCAACAAAUCAAAAAUAUCCCGCAAACGCAACAAUUUUCAAACGUUGUACCAGUCAUACAAAAUGCUUAAUAACGCUUGAAACCACAAUCACCCGCAUCCGCAAACUCCCGCACCCGCAACCGCUGCGUUUAAACCAGUCGGGCCCUAAGUGUACUGCACGUAAUAUCUUUGUAGUUACAAAAUAUUCCUAAAAUCAAUCAACUAGCUAUUAACUUAACUUAAGAAGAACCUAAUUUUCAGCUACCACGUUAACCACAAAUAUAUCACCGAAUAUUUAUUUCCCAUAUAGUAUCACAUAGAUAGAAAAUAAAUAAUAAAUAAUUCAAAGAGUUCUGUUCGCUUUUUAUGAUAUUCUUCUCUAUUAAAAGAGAAGUACAAUUUUAUAUACCAUAAAAGUCAUACUAGGUCUAUUUCAUAAAGAUAUUUUUUCAUAUUAUAAUUUACUUAAAUACUUUUAUUUUAAAUACAUAAAUUAGUUAUAAUAAAUAUAUACAUUAAUAUAAAUAACAUACAUAAUUUGAUAAAAUCUAUUCUAUUUAUAAUGAAGUACAAAAUAAUAGUUGUCUAAUUUUAAGUGAUUUCUUACAUAUUUUCAUUCUUUUUAGACUAAGCGAGGUGUAUUCAAUUGGAAGUUUUAGGUGAUUUGCAAUAAAAUAACAAAUCCACUGUUAUUCAAACAUGAAUUUUAAAAUCCAGUGUUAUUGAACUUGAUAUUUUAUUAACUACUCUCAAAUCUAGUGUUAUUGAAAAUAUUUUAAGUUGUGGAGUUUUAAAGUUUUCAAGUGAUUUUAAAGUGUUUGGGUGGAGUUCCUUAGUUAAAAAUUUUAAAACUCAAAUCCCAUGGUUUUAGGUGAUAUUUUAGGGUGGUUUAACAAAAAUCAUUUUAAUAUCUGCGAUUAAGUGAAAUCAUCUAAAACCUCAUUAAAAAUCAAAUCACCUCAAAUUUUAUAUUGAAUACAUCUCCCUAAUUAUAACCACUUUAACUUAUUAACUUUUCUAAUUAAUUCGACUUCAUUUAUUACAAAAUUGCAAAAUAUAACUAUUAUAUCUUUUACAUUUCUUUUUUUCACUUUUCCAAACUACUUUAUUAAUUUCAUUUACUAUAAUUCGACAUAAUUUAUUUUACAUAUCAACCAUAAUAAUUUCACAGAUUUGAAUGAAGUUACUUCAUUUCGUGACAAAAAUUCAAACCGGUUAACAAAUAUUUUUUUAUGUGUUUACAUAAUUAGUUAGGCAAGAAUAUUCAGAGUACAUAUCAGUUUUUGGGUACUGAGUUUAGGUUUUAAAAUAAAACUCUGUUUAGAUAUAAUAAAGUUUUCGGACUGGAUUCGAAUCAGAUUCUUACAGGUCAUUGUAGGUUAAUAGGAACCUAAUAUUAGACAAAUAAUCCAUUUGUUUAAAAAGUCACUAAACAAUUUAUAAAAAUAAAAAUUUACAUCUGCGCGGGUGCGCGAGUUAAGCUAUAUAUUAAAAUUGUUGGUUCCGGAUUUCUUUGUAGAAGUUGAACCGGAUGUUCAUCAUCAAUGCGGGUUCCGGGUUCCGGAGCAUAGUUAAGUCGUUUCUUGAUCCCAAGACUACGUCAAAGAUUCAUGUUCAAGGAGUAGCAAACUGCUUGAAGUUAUCGAUGCAGGGACGGAUCUAUGGCCAAGGUAAGGUAGGUGGGGCACGUGCCCCAUACUAUGUUUUUUUAACUGGUUGGUGUUUUAUUAAUUUAAUUGCUGAGCCUCCUAUAGAUCGUGUGCCCCAUGCAAUGUAAAAAUCAAUUGCUAAUGUUUUUACUGAAUUAUUUGUUGAGAGUAGAUAUAUAAAUAUAAUAAUUGUAUAUAUAUAUAUAUAUAUAUGUAUACUUACUAAUAAUUCUUAUGGUAAUAGUAUUGAUGUUCUCUGCACCUUUUUUUUUCAUUUUAACUUUUCGUUUUAUUUUUAUUUUCCACGUUUAUUUCUUUUUACUUUUUUUUGUAACGUAGUUAUUGCGUGUUUAGUUUUUCUUUAUGACCGAUUAUAAUUUGUUAUAUGCAUGUAAUUUUAUUAAAUAUAAUUUUGUGUAAUUACUUUUUACUCUUUUUUUGUAGAACAGAAAGCCACAAACAAAUUUAAAAUUAGAGUUAACAAAUAAUGAGCUAAAACGCAAAAUAAUAAUUAAAAAUUAUUUGGAUUCUUGAAUGACAACCAUAUUUGAACAACAUUACCAAUACACUAAAAAAUAUUUUUUUCAAAAUCAAUCAAAUAAUACCUAAUAGUUAUGGUUCCUAAAUCCAUACUUUUUGUGCUUAAGCUCAAAUCGAAAAUUGUUCCAUAAUCAAAUUCUAAAACAUAUUACAACUAUUAGUUUGAAUAUUUUGUUAUGUUAUUAAUUUAAUUUGUGCCACAUACCAAUUUAUUUUCUGGGUCCGCCCCUGAUCACACGUCUCUGGGAUCAUCAAAAACAAGUUUUGUAAUUAUGCUAUCGAAUCUUUUUAUAUUCAUUAGAUUUUUGUAUUUUUAAACAUGAGUUGCCAGAGUUCUUUGGAGGCACUUGCAUUUGUGAGGACAAAGGAGGUUGCAUGCCCUUGACAAAAAGGUCCAUGGAAUGAUCCUGAGGUUCUCAAGGUAAUUAUUAAUUUACAUGCAUAGUCCUUAGUUAGACACAAAAUAAACCAUUGACCACAAAAAAAUUCAGUGUUUUAAUUUAUAUUCAUUUUUAAAAUUUUAAAAUAUAUUAUAUAAGGAAAAAAUCUAAAUUUUAGAUAUUUAAUAGUUUAAUUAUUUUUAUAAUAUAAAUUAAACAAAGAGAAGAUGAUACACAAAUUAUUAUCAAAUUUUUAUUAUUUAAAAUUAUUAAUGGUAAUAUAUAUUUUAGUCAUAUUAGGUAAUGCUGUAAAUUUUAUUUAAAGAGAAAAAGAAUAAUAUUUUUAUUGAUUACUAAUUAAUUUUAUGUUUAAUUUAAUAAAAGUAUUAACAUAUAUUUAGAUGAACUUAUUUCUUAAUAAAAAUAUUAACAUAUACAGUAUAUAUCACCAGUCAUUCUACUGAUAACACAUAACAAUACAUGUUGUAAUGUUUCACUUUUAAUAUAUAAGGGAUUGUUACCGAUUUAUCAUUUAUCUUUGAUCGUUACAGAUUUAUCAUUUAUCUUUACCAAGGCCUCAAGCUGAUCUCAAAGAUUGACAAACAACAAACUGGAUUCUCCGAAUUAGGUCCAACAAAGAAUUUACGUGGCCUUUACGCCUAUAAUUAAAGAAGUGUCGGCGGAUUAAAAACCUUUUAAAACCCUAACACCGUAUAGUUAAUGACGGCGAAGACGAGGGAAAGUGAUAAAAAAAGGCUCUUCUUCUUUGACCAACUUAGGUUCGACUUGUGUGAUUGAUCAGUUAUUGGCUGCUUAUAAAGUUUGAUCUGUCUGUUGCAUUUAUGUGGUAUGUUGUUAACUGGUAAAACUGUAUUCUCUUGUUCAUCAGAUCAUAUGGCUUCAAAGAUUACUGCUAAAAAGAAUGAUGAUGAUGAUUCUGACUACGAAAUCAUUGAAGGCGAGUCUAAGACCGCUUUAGCAGCAGCCGGCACGAGUCCUUGGAUUGAUUCUGCAACGUUGGAGCUUCGGCAUCGAAUUGGAAGAGGUCCCUUUGGUGAUGUUUGGCUGGCUACUCAUCAUCAGUCCACAAAGGACAAUGAAGUGGCCAUCAAAAUGCUUCAUCCCAUCAAUAAGGAUCAGAUGAGAGUUGUGGUAGAUAAGUUUAAGGAUUUGGUUUCUAAGUCUCAAGGGAUGGAGAAUGUUUGUCUCCUCAGAGGAGUCUCUAUAAUUAGUGGAAGGGUAAGUAAAGAAAAACAAACAUGUGUGUUUCUCUAGUUUUCCCCCAUGUUUUGAUUAGAGAUUUGUAUACUGUAGAUUUGCCUCGUCAUGAAAUUCUAUGAGGGCUGUGUUGGUGACAAGAUGGCUCUCCUUAAAAGAGGAAAGCUUUCACUGUCUGAUGUAUUGAGAUACGGGAUUGAUCUAGUUACAGGGAUUCUUGAGUUGCACGCAAAAGGGUUUCUGAUUCUCAAUCUCAAGCCCUCUAACUUUCUUCUCAAUGAUAACGAUACGGCCAUCCUAGGGGAUGUUGGAGUCCCUUAUCUACUUCAUAGUAUCCCUUUGCCAAGUUCUGAUAUGAUAAUGAGACUUGGAACUCCAAACUAUAUGGCUCCAGAACAGUGGCAACCUGAAGUAAGAGGUCCCAUGUCCUUUGAGACUGAUUCUUGGGGGUUUGGAUGCAGCAUUGUGGAAAUGCUCACUGGUGUACAACCUUGGAGUGGUAAAUCCAUCGACGAAAUAUACAACUUAGUGGUCAUAAAAAGAGAAAAGCUCACUAUCCCCAAUGCCAUACCGCCUCCUCUUGAGAAGCUACUUCAGGGUUGCUUUAUGUAUGAUCUUCGAAGCCGACCUUCUAUGACAGACAUCUUACACGUCUUCAAGAGGUUGCAGAACUCAGAGGAGGAAGAGUUCUGGUCCUUCUGGAGAGGCGUUGAUAGUACAGAAAUCAGGAAGAGCUCAGCUUAUCUCGGCUAUACAGAAUGGUUCCUUUCAAAGGAUCAACUGCAAGUAGGCGACACGGUGCGUUCAAGAAAGCCUGCCAAUUCGUGUAAGCAUGAGAACAUGGAUGUGCCAGAAGGAAAGGUGGUUGGUUUAGAACGUGACACUACCGACUCAGAUGGGUUUGCUCUGGUUAAAGUCCAUGGUGUUCAUGAUCCGUUAAGGGUUCACGUAUCUGUUCUUGAAAGGGUAACUAAAGACUUGGCUUCUGGAGAUUGGGUACGUCUGAAGUAUGUAGGAGUAGGAGACAAGAGGUGUUCUCCAGUUGGUAUUGUCCAUUCAAUUAACCGUGAGGGUAUUGUAGCUGUUGGGUUUAUAGGGUUGCCAACUCUCUGGAGAGGGACUUCAUCUCAGCUUCAGAUGGCUGAAGGAUACAGUGUGGGUCAGUUUGUGAAGAUCAAGGCUAAUGUUUUCACCCCAAGAUUCAAUUGGAUACGUAAAGGUAGAGUUUGGGAAACUGGUAGGAUCUCUCAUGUUUUACCAAACGGUUGCCUCGAGGUGGAGUUCCCUGGAGUGUUGCCUUCUAGACAGGAACAUAAAAGCUGUCUUGCUGAUCCAGUUGAAGUAGAGAUAGUGGAUUUUAGUACUUGUGAAGGUGUUGUGGAAAAAAUUCAGCAUCUACAAGACUUUCACUGGGCUGUGAGUCCUUUACUGGCUGCCAUGGGUCUAUUGGCAUCAUUGAAGUUAGGGGGUUUAGACCAUGCUCGCUUUUAUAUUUGGAUUUGACGCAACAUCUAAUUGUAGCAUACAACAUCUAGAUAUUGCAUCCAAAUGUUGUUUAUUUUUAUAGUUAUUAUUUGCAUUCCGAUGCAACAUCUAGAUGCCAAAUUGUUCAUUUUAUAUUAUAAUAGCAUUUGAUUACUAUUAGGUAAAAAGACUAAAAAGAAGCAUGAUUUUAUUUUUUUAAUAAUAAAUUAAUUAUAAUAUUCAAAUAAAUAUAUCUAAAAUUAAGUUUACAUAUUUUGUGGAAAAACACGAUUUAUGGUUUUGACGGAAGUUUGUGGUUUUCCGGUUUUAACGGGAAAAUGGAAAAAUGAGAUUUUCGAUUUUGACGGGAAAUACAAUUUUCUGGUUUUGACGGAAAAUGUAUUUACGGUUUUUGACGAGACAACGUAUUUUUUGGGUUUGGCGGAAAGAACGUUUUACGGUUUUGGCAAGAAAACAAGAUUUUCUGAUAUUGACAAAAAAACAUGUUUUCCGGUUUUGACUGGAAAAUAAGAUUUUUGGUUUUGACGGAAAAACAAGAUCAUCCGUUAAGAGUGUUGUAUAAAAUAUGUUUUAAUGAUUUGAUAAAUUGAAAUUGUAAAAUAUAUUUUUUAUCAAAUCAAGUAUAAUACAUAUUUCUUAAAUUUUGAAAUCAUAUAUAUAUAUAUAUAUCUAUUUUAAUAUGGUCUAUAGUUUAA